AUUUGAAGUAUAAUUAAAUUCAUUUUUAAUUUCAUUUUUAAUGAAAAAUAAAUUUCACUAAAAAGUGAAAUUAUUGUAAAAUAUUCUUUUGAACUAUAAAGUAAUGAAUUAGUAACGAAUUCAUUAUCUUUUUCGUUUUCAAUGUGUGAGUGCAUAAACUUAUGAUCGUACAUUAUAUAGUUAUACAUAUUAUAAAUUUUUUAUAUAAAUUCAUAUAUUAAUAUUAUUUACAAGCAAUAUAAUAUAUAGAAAAUAUUAUAUAAUUUUUGAAAACUAAGAGAGAGUAUAUUUUGUACGAAAAGGGCUUGUCGAAGAUCAUUUUAAAAAUAAAUUCUUCACUCGAAUCGGCCGUCCCUGAGUAAUCAAUAUGGCCUCCAGGUCUACGCGGGGCACGCUAGCGUAGUGUAGAUAUUUCUCCAAAAAUCUUUAGAACAAAUAACUUCUGUGAUAAUAUAAUUAGUCAAGCUGUUAAAAGGUGUAUGGAGAAGUAUUUUCAUGGUGUUUACUGUUAUAUCAGUGAUAGUAUUCAGUCAGAAAGAAAUUUAGAAGGCAUUCUAUUGCCGUUAUAGCUAUUUGCACUUUGCAGAAGACAUCGUCAACGUUACAGUACAAUUCGAUAGUCGUUCGGUGUUUAGCGAUUAAUUUAUUGGCCAUCGGAUUUUAUAAUGAAGUGGCAUUUUAAAUGUAAGAAUUCAUAGUUUCCAGUUAAAAUCUAUUAUUAUGUCGGAGAAUAAGAGCAAAGAAGAUGCCACGAUGGAGGGUUGUCAAGAAGGGGGCGAAGAGGAUGAUAUGGCUGCCGAGAGGGUCGAAGAUAAGGUCAGUAUCCAACAGAUCCUCGAGGGUAUGACGAAUGAAUUUAACAAAAGUGUGAGUCCCGUAAAAAAUGCAGAAAUUAAUCGAUCAGAAAAGUUGGAACACAAGGAGAUCGAAAAACCGGUGACGCCUCUUGACGAAAUGCCAUCAGUUGAGAAAGAAAAUGCAAGUGAUAAGGAUGCAGAAGAUAUUGUAGUUAAACAAAAUGCUACGGAAUCAAUGUCGACGGAUGAAAAUUAUAAAGAAGAUGAAAAUACUGGAAAACAGGAAACUUUGAAAAAAGAUAAUGGAAUUCCACGUAUUGUUCUUACAUUCAGAACAAUCGAUGAAAACACCGAUCAUGGAAAAAAGACCAAGAUAUCAAGUUGCUCUUCCAACCUUACUUUAGUUCCUGAUGAAUUGGCAAAUUGUGACCAAAUUGGUGGUGUUUCUGUCAAGAUUGAGAACUCAGAUGAAAACUCCGACACUAUUGAGAAAUCAGAUUCAGAGGAAGGUAGAAUAGAAGAGCCAGUUAAAGAAUCUAAAAGUAAGGAAUCAGAAGAAAAUACACAAGAGUCAAAAUCACCAAAGGAAGAUGCCAGCGUUAUAACAGAAAACAAAAACACUAUUCCUAAUGAAAAAACAAAGACUGAUGAACCAGAUACUUCAACAGAACCUACAGAACAAAUGGAUCAAGCAGACAGCAUAGUUCCAGUUACAAGGAAAAGAAGAACAGGACGACCUAGAUUAAGAGCACUUAGUGAUCACAUUGAAGAACCUCCAGGUCCUAAACGUUCGGCUAGAAGAUUAUGUAAAGAAACAUUGAAGAGUACUGUAUUAGAAAAUGCAAUGGCAAGAAAAGAGAAAUCUAAUUAUACAGAAGAAAAUUUGCAAUUUAAGAAACAGAGGAAAUAUAAUAAACCAGGAAGACCUAAGAAAGUGAUACAAGGAAAAGAUCAAAAUAAACAAUUGCAAACUAAACCUCCUGAUAUACGUCAGGAAUUAGAAUCCUCUAUUUUAGAUGGAAAUAUUACUAUUUCUGAGGUAAAUUCAUCAUUAGAAUACUCUAGAAAUUCUACCAUAUCAGAAAACAAUACAAAUGAAACAAUAUUGGAUGAAUCACAAAAUUUUUUAUCUGAUUUUGAUGGUAUGCCAAAAUUGUCUCCUAUGAUAAAAAGUUCAGAGUCACAGACAAAACUAGGAAACUCAAUUGGAAAUUCCUCAAAUGAUGACAUAUCUCUAAUGGAUAUUGAAAAGCCAUUUCUAAAACCUGCUACUGGUAGACCUAAACGAGAAAGAGGAAGACCCAGAGGAAGUCAAGCUGCAAGAAAAAUAGCUAAAGCAGAUUCAUUUGAAGAAAGCACAGUACCUGCUAAAAGGACAAGGAGAAGUAUGGCUCCAAGUCCAAGUCCUGCAGAAGGACAAGCUUCAAAGCCAGAAUCAACAGCAGUUAUGAGCGAAACAUAUGGUCAAGCAAUGCUGUGUUUAUGUCAAGUAAGGUCUCAACUAUAUGUAACAAUAACGGGCUCUGGAGCACCAUUAUAUUGUACUGCAAUAGAUUCUAUCGAUAAUCGAUUGAUAGGAUGUUGUAAUGAAGUUGAUAGCAAUGAUGUAGCAAUGAGGAGACCGAGUACACGUGUUCCUUUUAUUAUUUUAUGUCGAGUACACAAAGAAAGGCUUUUAAGGCAUAAUUGCUGUCCUUCUUGUGGACUGUUUUGUUCACAAGGAAGAUUUGUGCAAUGUAUUAAUGGUCAUCAAUAUCAUCGUGAAUGUGAGAUUUAUCCAAAUAAAAAGGGUGUAUGUCCACAUUGUGGAAAUGAAACUACAGCAUAUGAUGUAAUGGUGACUAUGAGUGGUUUAAGAAAACCUGUAUUCAUUCCAACCCGAAAGAAAUUCUCAAAACUGCCUUCUGCAAAAAUGAGUUUACCAGGUAAAGGUGAUAACACAAAAUUAGCAGAACGUCCUCCAAGUCCUCUGAUUCAACCAGAUAUCAUUAAAAUACCUGAGCCAUCUGUUAAUUCUGAGAGACCAGAACGUUAUACUAUCAUGAGUCUUUAUACAUCUGUAAAGAAUGGAGAUUUGGAAAAGCUAGUUAACGUUUUAGCAUGCGGAUAUAAUGCAAAUCAUACAUUCCGAGAUUAUGCUCAUCGGACUGGCCUUCAUAUAGCCGCGGAUAAAGGUCACUUGUCUUGUGUACAUGUACUGGUACAAGCUGGCGCUCAAUUAGACGUGAUGGACAGAAAUCAAUUAACACCUUUAAUGUUAGCUGCUAGUAAAGGUAAAGCUGAUGUGGUAAAAUAUUUGAUAAAGAUAGGUGCUGAUGUUACAUUGAAAGGGGAAGAUGGUAUGACUGCUUUGCACAUGGCUGCUAAAUCUGGUCAUUUAGAAGUCUGUAGAAUAAUAUUAACAGAAUGUAAAGCACCAAGAACAUUAGUAGAUUCAGUGGAUGAUGGUGGAUGGACUAGUUUAAUUUGGGCCUGUGAGUUUUGUCAUACCGAUGUUGCGCGGUUUCUGUUGGAUAAAAAAUGUGAUCCAUUAAUUCGAGAUGCAGAACAAAAUAUAGCAUUACAUUGGAGUGCUUUCAGCGGAAGUUCAGAAAUCACAGAAAUGCUACUUAAUGAAGGAUGUGACGUGAACGCCGUCAACGUCCAUGGGGAUACACCUUUACAUAUAGCUGCAAGGCAAGAUCAGUACGCAGUUAGCGUCCUUUUAUUAGCUCGCGGUGCUAAAAUAGGAGAAGUUAAUGCUGCAGGAGAAACAGCAGUAAAUUGCUGUACAAAUGAUGGUGAUACUAUGUCUGCUUUAAGAUUAAAUGCCAAAGUUAAUGAACUCUCUGAACAUAUGUGGGAAAAAACAGUCAAAAUAUUAACCAAUGAUAUUUCACGUGGUAAAGAGACAAAUCCAAUACAGUGUGUGAAUGGGUACGAUUCGGAAGAUAAGCCAACAGAUUUUCUUUACGUAACUGAAAAUUGUUUUACUAGUAAUAUAAAUGUUGAUCGCACGAUAACGUCCUUACAAUCUUGUCGAUGUGAAGAUAAUUGUAGUUCAGAGAAAUGUUUGUGUGGAAACAUAAGUUUAAGAUGUUGGUAUGAUGAAGAAGGAAAAUUAAUUCCUGAAUUUAAUUAUGCAGACCCCCCAAUGUUAUUUGAAUGCAAUCCAGCGUGUGAUUGUAAUCGCAUAACAUGUAAUAAUCGCGUUGUUCAGUAUGGUCUAACACAAAGAUUUCAAUUAUUUCGAACGAAAGGUAAAGGAUGGGGACUUAGAACGCUACGGCACAUUCCGAAAGGUUCCUAUGUAUGUGAAUAUGUUGGUGAGAUUAUUUCAGACUCUGAAGCAGAUCAUCGAGAAGAUGAUUCUUAUUUAUUUGAUUUAGACAAUAGAGAUGGAGAAACAUAUUGUAUCGAUGCGAGACGGUAUGGAAACAUUGCUCGUUUUAUAAAUCAUUCUUGCGCGCCCAAUCUCUUGCCAGUACGAGUGUUUGUUGAGCAUCAGGAUCUGCAUUUUCCUAGAAUAGCAUUUUUUGCGAAUCGCGACAUCGAGGCAGAUGAAGAGCUCGGCUUUGAUUAUGGAGAGAAAUUCUGGAUAAUAAAAUGCAAGUCAUUCACAUGUACCUGUGGAGCCGAAAACUGCCGAUAUUCUGAGAAGACUAUACAAGUUACCUUGGACAACUACCGCAGAAAAAUACAGCAAGAAGAAAUGCUGGCUGCUCAAUCAUCGUAAUCCUAAAACAAUUUAGUAAAUCUGUGCAAUUAUUUUAUUAGUUUUAAUAUUUUUCCUUCUUAUUGCUCGGAUUGUUAAUAGAGAAUCUCUAACUUUUUUAUUCGUAAUUUGUGAAAAAAAUACAAGUACAAAUGGUGGUGGGAUCUGGAUUCGUCGGGAUAACUAAAAAGAUGUUAUCUUGUUAUUUGAACUAAGAAGGAACUACAUUUUUCUUAUUCCAGUUCGUCGAAGUCGAACAUGUCCAUAUUAAUUUACUUGACCAUAUUUUCCUAUUUGGGGGAUGUGCCACUUUACGAUUCUUCUUUUCUAAUAAAAUUAUAAUAUGUAUUUUAUAUAUAUAUGUAUAUAUAUA